AGCGCCAAGCAAUAGAAUAAAAGCAGAGGCACCUGAAGUUAGCAAGAAGGGCGUCAACACUAUAGAAGCUAUGGAAGAGUCGGGAACCUCAGACCAACCAGGAGAAUACUACGAAAAGGAGGGAAAAAACGAUUAA